AUGUUGGAAGUAACGCUAAUUUCCAUAAAAGCGCAAGGGAUACAGGGCAUACCCGGUCGCGACGGACGUGACGGUCGUGACGGGAGAGAUGGUCGGGACGGUGUUGAUGGCCAGGAUGGCGCUGCCGGUCGAAAUGGUACUGACGGCCAAGAUGGUAUUAAUGGGAGAGACGCAACAAAUGGAAUUGAUGGGAGGGAUGGCACUGAUGGAAAAGAUGGAGCUGAUGGCGCUGAUGGCCGCGACGGCGCCGAUGGUCAGGACGGAAGAGAUGGCCAAGAUGGCACCAAUGGUAUCGACGGUCGAGACGGCGCGGAUGGUCGCGAUGGUAUAGAUGGUAUUAAUGGUACCGAUGGCCGUGACGGUACUGACGGCCGUGAUGGCGUUGGUGGCCGGGAUGGUCAGAACGGCGAAAGAGUAUUCGAGCCUAUCGCCGACGAUCGCGAGAUUCGGACGCCGGACGACGACAUCAUACCUGUUGCCGACACUGCCGGAACUACUGCGGAGGGUACUGCACCGGCCAUUGCGGUAGAAGACCCUCCUGCGACGGACACUGCGGCUGCUUAUGUCGUUGCUGUCACCUAUAGAGCGUUUCUAAGAAUGAACACUUUACUGCUACAACUACAGGAUAGACUGCUUGGUCUGGGUCGGGGGGAUUUAACACACACCAUGGUAUAA